ACCUGCAUAAAAUAAAUCAACUUAACUAAACGACGGACGUUUUGGAAGCGAUGAAUUGGAAGGACGAAAAAGGGUAGCAACUAGGAAACCACUGUUUAUUUAUUUUGUUUAGGACAUGUCGUUGAAUGUGUAUGCACAGCUGUCCGGUUUUUAUCCGUUAUUUUAGGCGAUUUAAACGAAGCUUCGCUGAUUCCAUAGCAAACGAGAUAUGUUACUGAAAUUUAUCAGACAAGUCCCCGCCUUACUUCGAAGACAACGUCUUGUCAGUGCAUAUAGUAGAGAAGCUCUGAGUCCAAGGGGGUUAGGGUUUAACAAGCUCUUCUCUACGUAUAUGGAGGAGCCAGAACUGAAGGAGUUCAUUGAUUACUUAGGUUCGCUCAAAAACUACGAGAAAUCAGGCAUUCCCAAGGGCGCGGGUACGGAUUCAGACGACGGUUUUGAUCUCAGUCGCAUGCGGCGGCUUAUGAACCAUCUGGAUAAUCCGCAGUCGAAAUUCAAGGCCAUCCACAUUGCCGGAACCAAAGGAAAAGGAUCAACUGCUGCCUUUCUUUCUAACAUCUUGCGGGCAGAAGGGUAUUCCGUUGGUUGCUAUACUAGUCCACAUAUUGUAACUGUAAGGGAGAGGAUGUCAAUAGGAAAAUUAGGUGAGCCAGUGUCAGCAAAGGCAUUAAAUUGUCAUUUCCAUCGGAUUAGGCAGAAGCUUGAUGAGGCAGUUCAACUAGAAAAUGGGUGUUUAAGUCAUUUUGAGGUUCUUACUGCCAUAGCUUUUUCCCUAUUUGCUCAAGAGAACAUUGAUAUAGCAAUCAUUGAGACUGGUCUUGGAGGUGCUCGGGAUGCUACAAAUAUAAUUUGUAGCUCUGGACUUGCUGCAUCAGUAAUAACUAGUAUUGGUGAGGAACAUUUGAUGGCACUGGGAGGUUCUCUAGAAACCAUUGCUAUGGCAAAGGCUGGAAUAAUUAAACAUAACCGUCCAGUAGUUCUUGGUGGGCCUUUUCUUCCUCACAUUGAGCAUAUUCUUCGUGAGAAAGCAUCACAGAUGAAUGCUCCUGUAGUAUCAGCAUCUGAUUCUGAAACCAGAACUACCAUUAAAGGCCUUAGCAUGUGUGAUGGUAGGCAAUGCCAGUUGUGUGACAUAAUUAUACGAGUCGAUAGGGAUUUUCAGCUGUUUGCUGAUUUGCCUGAGAUAAAAAUGUGCAUGCUUGGGAGUCACCAACUACAAAAUGCAGCUACUGCAGCAUGUGCAGCACUAUGCCUCCGCAAUCAAGGCUGGGGCAUUUCAGAUCGAUCUAUUAGGGUUGGUAUUGAAAACACAUGCCUACCUGGAAGAAGUCAAUUUCUUGCAUCCAAAGAAGCUGAGGCAUUGGGACUACCUGGAGCCACAGUACUGCUUGAUGGAGCUCACACUAGAGAAUCUGCGAAAGCUUUGGUGGAUACAAUACAGAUGACAUUUCCAAAGGCAACAUUGGCCCUUGUGGUUGCAAUGGCUAGUGACAAAGACCAUUUGGCUUUUGCUAGAGAAUUUUUUCUAGGUAAAAAUUUAGGGGCUGUCUUCCUAACAGAAGCUGACAUUGCUGGAGGCAAAUCCAGAACAACGACAGCUUCCUCGUUAAGAGAUUGCUGGGUACAAGCUUCUGAAGAAUUGGGCAUCAAUAUCCUUCAUGAUGGAAUGACAGAAUAUCAAGAAUUAUGCACGAAACAACUUGUCUAUUCUGCAAGGGAAAUGGAAGGCAGAGUCCUUUUGGUGGCUGAGAAAUCAUUAGAGGUUUCAUUGAGAGACGCAAAUGAGUUUCUUAAGGGGAAAACAGGGAACGAGUCACGUGCGCUUGUAGUGACAGGAUCCCUGCAUAUUGUAUCAUCAGUGUUAGCUCGUCUGCGUGGGUAAAAAUGCUUCACGGGAAAUUGAAGGCUGUAAAAGGAGAAGUAAUGAAUUGCUCUCUCCAUAACCUGUUUAUAUUUAAUGAGAAGUACUUUUUUUUUUUUUUUUU